UUCGUUUAGGAGGAGUUUGUGACUCCUGCAGAUUUCCUAGGACCUUUCACUAAAACGUUUCCAGUGCGUGAGAGUAGGAUCGAGCAGAAACAUUCCCUGAUACCUACACAGACUUCUCUCCUGCAAAGUUUGAGACCUUGUGGCCAAGUAAACACAGUCUGGGAAAUGAGCCAAACUGACCGGCAGUUGUCUUGUCACAGAGUUUGGUUAGGGAGGGAGAAAAUAACAACAGGAGGCAGUUCGCGCGCUCCCAGCAUGGCUCAAAAAGCUGAGGAAAGUGGGGUCCAUUUCGCUAAAAACUCAACAGGAAACGGCGCCGGCUGGCUGAACCAAUCGGACAAUGCAGACCAAAACACGUACGGAUCCAGACACGUUAAUCCGCUAGUUUGUGCCAUGGAAAAACCCUGCUGUCAAACAGCUGCUCCUCCUCAGGAUGAGUUCUUGAACGCUGACUGCCGAGUGGGCGACAGCCGCUCUUUUUCUGCCUGCGCCACAAUCUCAGAAACAGCCAGAGAGCUGUGCAGAGCUGUGUCCGUGUCGCUUGGGCUCACCAUGGAGUCCACGGACACGAGCGACAUGGACGCUGCUCUCCCCUCGUGCGCUGGGAACGACCACAUACACGGAGAGUAUUUGUUCGGAGUUGGAGCCGUGCCGCUGAGCUGUCCGCGCGCUCAGACUGCGCGAGAUGAGUUAGCUCAGCACGGACAGAAGCAACUGGUGGAAAUGUUCAAAACUUCGGAGACUGCCUCGCGCCUGCAACAUCUCACCUCCACGCGGACGUGUGCGGACGACCCGAACUUCAGACAGAGCAGCGCCGACGAAACAACUUCAGAGGUGGUUGAUAACCUGGACGCCGCGCCUGCUGCCAUUUGCCCUUACGCCCAAUCCGCGCCUGCCAACUUGGCACAGAUGCCCACUGAGAGGCCGUGCCGCCUCUACAAGCCCCCCGAUGAAGCGCGUGACUUCGGGGAUGCCAUGGGAAACAAGUUUGCUGGUUAUAAUCCGGAGCAAUUCGGCAUCAAAAUCAAAUCAGAGGAAAGUCAACUUACAGGGGCGUUUUGGAGAGGUAAUUACACCUUUAGUGAUAAGUACGACUCUCAGGGUUGGGGUUCGAGGCAGUGCAUGGCUGCAGAAAGCACUGGAGCCAACACUGCGUUCAUAUGUGAUCCAUACGAGAGGAACGUGGUGCGUCCUGAGCAGUGGUACCCGGGAGGGAUGCUGAGGCCGCCCUAUCCAAACUCCAGCUACGUGAAGAGCGAGGUGGGAGAGUGGCUGGAUGUCGCCUACAGUGACAACAGGUUCGAGUCUGGCAGAGAGCACAUGUUCCCUAUGGAAUUCUUCUUCCCACCACAGAGGAUGUGCUUGAUCUGUUCAGAUGAGGCGUCAGGCUGUCAUUAUGGAGCGCUCACCUGUGGCAGCUGCAAGGUUUUCUUCAAAAGAGCAGCAGAGGGUAAGCAGAAAUACCUGUGUGCAAGCAAAAACGACUGCACUAUUGAUAAGCUGAGAAGAAAGAAUUGCCCAUCUUGUCGACUGAAGAAGUGUUUUGAAGCUGGAAUGACACUUGGAGCACGUAAGUUGAAGAAGAUUGGGCAACAGAAAAACCCAGAAGAAGAGAAUCCUGGUCAGGAUCAUCUGGAUGUCAUGCAGAGUAUCUCUCCUAAGUCAGGCCUGAGCUUUAACAGCCAAAUGGUCUUCCUCAACAUCCUGGAGUCCAUUGAACCUGAGGUGGUGAACGCAGGUCACGACUACGGGCAACCAGACUCGGCUGCCACCCUGCUCACCAGCCUCAACGAGCUGGGGGAGAGGCAGCUGGUCAAAGUGGUCAAAUGGGCAAAAGGAUUGCCAGGUUUCAGAAAUCUCCACGUGGACGACCAGAUGACUGUCAUUCAGCAGUCCUGGAUGAGUGUGAUGGUGUUUGCCCUGGGAUGGAGGUCCUAUAAGAACGUCAACAGCAGGAUGCUUUACUUUGCUCCAGAUCUCGUCUUCAAUGAACAUCGGAUGCACCUUUCCACCAUGUACGAGCACUGCAUACGGAUGAGACACCUCUCACAGGAGUUCCUCAUGCUCCAGAUCACUCAGGAGGAGUUUCUCUGCAUGAAGGCCUUACUCCUCUUCAGCAUCCUUCCGGUUGAAGGUCUGAAGAGUCAAAAGUACUUCGAUGAGCUGCGUCUUACCUACAUCAACGAACUCAAUCGUCUCAUCAACUGUCGUAUGAAAACCAACUCUUCGCAGAGGUUCUACCAUCUCACCAGACUCCUGGACUCUCUACAAAUGACCGUGAAAAAGCUCCAUCAGUUUACAUUUGACCUCUUUGUCCAGGCUCAGUCUCUCCCCACCAAGGUCAGCUUUCCAGAGAUGAUUGGGGAGAUUAUCUCAGUCCAUGUACCAAAGAUCCUGGCAGGUUUGGCCAAACCAAUCUUGUUUCACAAGUAGAAGGAUUUUUUUUUAAUAAAAAAUGAUUCAUUUUCGCUGCCUCCAUAAACUUUAACAAAGGUUCUGUUUCCCGACAUCUUCAGUCUAAUGGCUCUGAGCCCUGUCCUACAAUCUUUUUUCCUUUUAGCCAUAAUUGAGAUAGUUUGUUCUUAACUGUUAAAGCUUUUAUCUGAAGCAGUGCAAGGCAUCAUCUGUUGUCAGCGCUGCUAUUUCUGAGUGGAGAGUUUGUGUUUUUAGCCGGAGUAGACAUGCUACUUUACAUAAAGUCUGUAAAUCAAGAGGACGGUGAGCUAAAAGUGGCAGGGUUGAAAGAUUAAGUCCCUCUGGUGACCUUCAGUACACAAACACUCAGCAAGGUGCUCAUAAAAUGUAACAAAUAGAGCCAGCCUAAAUAUAAUUCUGGAUCACAGAAGGAAACAAACACUUCUUUUCCAUUAACUUUGCAAAUUUGUUAUUUUAAGUGCUUUCUCCAGGUUCAUCUGACGAUUCAUUUUCAUGAGAUUCAACUUGUAAAUACAGCUUUGGAGGCAUUUAAGUGUAUUAGUGCCUUAAAAUUGGUGUUUAAAAAAGUUUCUUAAUGAAAUUUUUAUCAAAACAAUGUUAAAAAUCCUGACCUGACAGUGUGACUCUAUUCUGCAUAAAAUUGCUAUGACAAUCAUCAUUGAUAUGGUACUAAAGUUUCCUGCUUGCAAAACAUGAAUAUGAUGUGCUACAUUUGUGGUCAGUAAACUUAUCAGAUUUUUCUGAGGAAAAAAAAAGGUUUCUCUGCUGUGUCAUUGUGAAUUAACUGUAGUUAUGGUGCUGUAAAAGAAACUACAAUGCUAGUAGAACUCUACAUACUGAUUUUCAAGUCAAAAUAAAACCAUCAUGGCUUUGAGAAGUAGAUGAUCAACCACAACAUCCUCUGUAGGUUUAUGAACCAUUUACAGCCUUCAGUUUUUUAUUGUUUAUUUGUGGAGGCAGACAGGAUCAUGCAUGGCUGAAAAGGUGGCUGCAUAUUACAAACGGUGCAUCCUGUUUUGUUUUACAGAUAGGAAAUUGUAAAUCACAAGAUAAUCACAUCCUAUUUUCUACUCUAAAUGGGGUCAGAAAUAAACACUUUCC